AACGAUAAGCUGAUAAGGUAACGGUAGUAUCUUCAGGGCCUCAGCACCACACCAGCCUGGACCAGGCUCCGGCUCCGCUGCACGGCACUGCAAAAUCCGACAUCAUGGCGAGAGCUUGCAACCGCGCGCUGAGACUGCUGCCGAAUUCCAUCGCCACGCAGCUAGCAAGCAGCAGAAGCGGCGCCAGAUUCAGAAGCCUCGCCGUUCACGCGCAGCUUUCCACUGAAGACGAUGCUUACUCGACCGAGCCACUGAAGAAAGUGCAAGUCACACAGAGCCUCCGGAGGACCCGCCGGAGGGGAACCGGCGGCGCGCGGCAGAGCCUGGUCUCCGUCGGAACGUCGUGCGGCGGAGGCGAUCAGUGGAGCAGCGACAUCGAACUGACGUUGCGGCAGCUGCAUCUAGACGACCUGAUCGAGGACGGACAGAGGGACGCAGAUGUGCUCGUGCACCUUCUGGUCCAGCAGCACACUCAGUUUGGGAUGUCCAUAAAAGGGCGAGUCCUCACAUCCUUCAGAAAAAUAUGUGAUUCCUGCUCCUUGCCGUACUGCACAAAUAUCGAUGAACGCUUCAAUCUCACGGUUCUGUCUUCAACCAGGAGAGAUCAGAGUGGGCUGCCUGAUCUCGGUGACACUGAUCCAUCGGUCAUCUAUGUGAGACCAGGAGACGAAGUCGAUCUUGACUCUGUAAUCCAAGAGACCGUACGAUUAACUGCAUCCGCUAAGAGUUCAUGUUCGGAGACCUGCGAAAAGUCUACAGUUGUAUGGCAAUAUGGUGGUAGCCAGAAGAAGAAGAUUUCCAGCCAAAGGUGGUCAAAACUUCUUGAUCUGAAGAAAACCCUGGAUAAAGCGCCUAAGUGAAUUACUUACUACAUGCAUCAGUCAACUGCCAAUGCUGUAUCAUGAUGCUGGAAUGGAAGUGGCGACAACUAGUUCAACCAAGAUGAAAGGUUGGUGGUUUACAACUCAUUGGCUCUCUUUUUCUUUUUGAAGAGAAGAAGAAGAGAGAGGGGCUAUCUUAUAGAAUGGUACUCCAUAUGUGACUGCAUGCCCAUGGACUGGUCAUGUUGAGAACUCAGAUACAGGGUGACCCCAUAUCAGCAUAUCAUCAAAGAAUAAAUGUGUGUGAAGAUAACCACUGUUUGUAUAAAGCAUUUCUUCUUUUUAGAGCUUAUAAGUAUACAACAUUUCUUGUU